AUGUCUAUCCAGAGACGCAAGAGCUGGUACAAGACAGCAGAAAAAUUUGCUUAUUUAGCUAUUUAUCAAGUUGAUGCGAAACAAGGUCUUGAUUGUCUGGAUUCUACAAAAAGAGCUGAUUUCAGUGAUUCUUACUAUAGAAUUGACGUCAUGUUCAUCCAAGUCCAUAAGAGUGGAUGUGAAGGGAGUGGUGUGAAAAGUACUCUCGAUUAUCUUGAGCCAGCAAAAAAUAGAAUUGCAACAGAGGCGUGCCUCUUGUAUAGUACGAUGACGCCAGUCUACACGUCUCGUGAUUACCUCAUCGACCUUUAUCUCGGGUCUUCAUUGCAAGGUGUCUGGACCAUUAGCACCAACCUGAACAUGAACAGUGCGCUGGUGGGUCAUGAACUGGCUUAG